AUGAAAACGUACAGUGAGCUGCUGGCGGUUUGCACCGAGUUCCGAGAGAACUUCGCUGCCCUUAGUGAGAAAUAUGCUGGCGUGACUCACGAGUUGCAAAGUGAGCGGGAACGGAGUGAGCGGCUUGUGAAGCAGUUGGAGGCAGCUAAGAACAAUGAGGACAGGUUAAAUAGCGGGAUGCGGGAGCUGAAGAAGGAGCUAGAGGAGGCUCUGGCCUACAAGGACCGAUACCUUGCAGCGACAGUGUCUGUGGAGCACCUCAAGGGGCGACUGGAAAAUGCACGGCACGCCGUUGCCGACAACUUGCUGGAACAGGAGCAGCAGAUGGACCAGCUACGGGCGCAGAUAAAAGAUCUUCAGCAACGUCUGAACGUGUCGGCUGACGUGACGGUUGUUCAGCAGUUGAAACGACAGGUUUCUGAGCUUGAAGAGCGGUGCGCAGUACAGAAUGGACAGCUGCUGGAGGAGAGGGAACGCUUCAGUCAACAACUUUUGACCGCUCAUAAUGCUUUGCGUGAGCAACAAGGGCGGCAAUUGGAGGUAGAGCAGCGUUGUCGGAGUAUGGAGGCAGAACUGCUUCAAAUGCGCUCUCUCGUGCGGCGGUCCUCAGAUUUGCAGAACGAUGCCGCCGUGUCGCGCGAAAAGUGUGUGUCUGAUGCCAGGAAGGCUGCGCUUCAGGUGGAAACUCUAACGGCCGAACUUCGCGAUGCGCAGGUCCGACUGUGUGAGGCAGAGUCGAGGCAUGCGGAGGAGUUAGAGGCAUUGCGCGUUGAAGACGCUGAAGAGAAGGCUCGGCUGUUAGAGCGUGUGAGUCAGCUCUCUGCGGCAGCGGACGAAGCGGCAGCACAGAGGGUUCAGGAGCAGGAGAAAUAUUCGGCGCUGCAACGAUCUGUUCACCAACAGCUGGAAACUGUGCGCGCAGACGCGCGUGAGGAAGUUGCCGCCGUGCAAAAGUUACUGGCAGAUUCUCGCUCGGAGCAGCAACAACAGGGGUGGCGUGUGGAGCAAACUCGUUCAGAACUUGAGGAGAGCAAGCGCUUGUUGCGGCAACGUGAGGCAAAACUUGAGAGCUAUGCGGCGGAGUGUAAGCAGUUGCGAACCCAAAUGGAGACCCUCACCCAGCGCGAGGAGUGGUUAACAGCCGAGCGAGAUCACCUCUCGCAGCAUCUCGCAGCCGCGCGCAAACAAGUACAGGAUUUGGUUGCGUCUCAUAAAGGCCAGGAAGAGAGUGGAUUGGAGGUGGAACGACUACGAAUUCAAUUGCGUUUCCGCGAGGAGGAGCUCCAGGAGGCACGUCGCCUUGUGGAGGUGUCAGAGACGCACGUUAAGGAUUUGGAAGACGCGGCCGAUCGACGCGUGCGGCUCGUUCGACAGGAGCUCAAGCGAAUUAAAAAGCAGGCGAAGGUGGAGAGUUCCCAGGCGGAGACUGUGCGGCGUCGACUUGUACACGCGCUUCUAGAACGUGACAUGGAACUGCGGCCGUGCUAUUCCUUAGAGACCAUGGAACGGAAACCCCCUCAACGGGAGCAGCGAGUGCCAUCAACUUACGCACACGCCUUUCCUACAGCCCCAUCCGGUUUGGACGUUAUGACGCUGCUGCGAGGGCAGACGGAACAGGCAGAGGCGCUUCACCAGCGGCUCGUUGAGUUGUCAAAGUGA